UUUAGUAGCUUUCACUCUCAGCUCAAAUAAGCCGUUUUUGUGAUAACAUAACUAAAACGUUUAACAAUUUAUGCAUGAUAACUUUUUCACACUUAUCCUAAAGGUUCACCCGGAUAGAAUUUCUGAAAUCUUGAAACGAAUGCAAUCAGCUGGACAAAUAAAAUUUGCCUGCAACAGCGCGAAUAAACACGGACUUACUUGCCAAUUGCCUUUUAUGACCUAACUAAAAUCGUUUCUGCAGUUGUAAUCGACAUUUUAAAACUGUUGAUCAGAAGACUCAAACAUUUGAUGAAAAAUAUAAACAAGUACGGUAAGUUGUAAAACCCAUCUUGUCAACACAAGCAACCUGGGCCCCUCCCCCAUCGUACCUUUCUUAUUUAUUCCCUACGAACCAAUCAGAAGACGAAUUUAUGUCAGCUGACUUCAUUGGGCUAAAAACAACAAACUUUUCCAAAAUCAGAAGGAAGCUGCUUCGUACCACUUGUUUUCAUCGACGACCUUGCUUUCUAGCUUUGGUUUUCGCAGCCCGCGCUCGCAGAGAUUGCCAGCAAGGCUUUUCUGCAUAGAUUUCUAUGCUAAACUUUUUCUCUCUCGCUCUGGAACGGUGAAAAUGGCCAGUUCCCCUUCCUCCGGUGGUGUAACCACAAUUCCAACAGCCUCCACGAAGAAGAUGCGUGUUCGAAGCAAGUCAACCUCAGCUGUUGAAGACGUGAAAGAGGCUCCACAGAACAAUGGAACACGAGUGGUGAUUGAUUCUACUAAAGCAUUCGUAAAGAAUGGUUUUAGCCAUACACUAAGUGGCGGAGAAGCAACGUUGUUCGUGAAAGCCCCCAAGGAUAAACACCAUGAUAGAAAAUCCCGGAGCGGUCGCAGAGGUCUACCAAAGAAAGGUGGAGCAGGAGGAAAGGGUACUUGGGGAGCCAUUGGGGAAGUGUUGACAGAUGAAGAUCUGAAGAUCAGAGACCAUCAUGAUCCAAAUUAUGAAUCGGAGGAAGAUGAGGAUGAGCCUUUUGAUAUCAAGGAGUGCAAACCAGAGCUUACUGAGGAAGAGUUUAGCAGAAACAUCACACCGAUUGUGAAGGAAUAUUUUGAGCAUGGAGACACAGAGGAUGUCUUGCUCUCCCUGGAGGAACUUAACAUAUCCUCAAGGAAGUACAAGGUUCCUGCCUUUGCUGUCAGUCUUGCACUGGAGAAAAAGGCAACUCAGAGGGAGAUGGCAUCUGUUCUCAUCUCAGACUUGUAUGGCAAACACCUCAGCCAAAAUGACAUAGCACAAGGGUUCCAGCAGCUGUUAGAUGACCUUGAUGAUUUAUGUUUGGACACCCCUGAUGCUCCUGAGAUGGUGGGAAAGUUCAUAGCUCGUGCUAUUGCUGAUGACUGUUUGCCACCAGCUUUUGUUAGUAAUUUGGGAGAUGCUCCUCCUAAUUCUAAUCAAGCCAAAGCCUUGACUGAAGCAGGUGUGCUGCUGAAAAUGAAACAUGGAAUGGUGAGAUUGGAUAGUGUGUGGGGUGUGGCUGGAGGAAGACGCCCAGUCAAGUACCUUGUGAAAAAGAUGGUCUUGUUGCUAAAAGAGUAUUUGUCUUCAGAAGAUAUUGAAGAGGCAAGCCGUUGUGUCCAGGAGUUGGAAGUGCCGCAUUUCUAUCAUGAGCUGGUUUACGAGGCAAUCAUCAUGACAUUGGAAGACGAGCAUGAUCGAGUGAUGACACUUAUGAAGAAUUUACUGCAGUUCUUCUCGAACACCAACAUCGUCAAACCGGACCAAAUAAAGAAUGGAUUUCAACGUGUGUUUGACUCUUUCUCCGACAUUCAACUGGAUAUUCCACAUGCUCAUACACUCCUGGAAAAGUUCACUGACAUGUGUGCCCGCGAUGGAAUUAUUCCAAUAUCCUUUACGAUGAAAGUCCCUUCCAGGGGACGAAAGCGCUUUGUCAGCGAGGGUGACGGGGGACGAGUGAAAUCUUAGCUUUCCUCCUCCUAAGAAAGCCCCAACGAGCCAGACAACUAAUCAAUGAACUCUACUAACAAGGGGAGAACAUUCUUGUUUGAAAAGGGGUCUUGUUUGUCACGGUCUCCCUCGAAGCCGUCGUUUUACUUGUUACCCUGUUCCGUGCCCAAAAGACGGUUACGAAAGAGACCAUGUUUGUCAUUACACUAGUAUUCUGGGCUACCUAAGUUUAGUGUUAAGACUAAGCUAAAAUUGUUCUAAUCGUGCGUGAAUGAUUCUCAACAUGAUGUCGUUAACCCUUAGUACUAGUCUAGUGGCGGAUUUUCUUUCCCAUAUAUAUAUAUAUCUCUCUGUAUCCUUGAUGGCAUCGAUGUCGCCUGUGCGCAGACCUUGGAAAGGUAAUCGCACACUUAAUUUUCAAUUUGGCUAGUGAUCCUCAACUGUCCUAAAUGCGCUUUUGAGCCAUUUUUUCGAGGGUUUUUAUUGUUAUUUUGCGCUAAUGACAGUAAAACUAACUUGUACAUAAAGGGUUCUUCGUUGGUCAAGGUAGUUGAGAUGUUGUAAAUUAUUGGUGGGAAUGUAUUCUUUGUUUUUGUUGAUGCGGGAUGCAAUCAUCACCAUAAAGAAUUUGAAUGAACGACGGGCUGCAGUGGCCUUAAGCCACUUUGAAUAAUGAUGUAUUUUAAACAGAUGAGUAACUGCAGUGUCUUAAUAGCCUAAACGUAAGUUUUUUUUUUCCAGCAAGUUUUCAGUUUUUUUUUGUGUCGUUUACUCUUUGUUAGCUUGAGCAUUCGACCUUUCUGUAGUAUGUUUAGUUCAGUUCACGUUCUAGCAAACAAAAUCCUGACAUCAAGGAUUUAGAGUAACUUACGAUUUGUUUUUUUUCCCUCGCUUACUUUCGGACUUUCCUGUUAACAGCGAAGCCAACCUAUACAGACCAUAUAAUUUUUUUUUCAAACGCUUUGUCUCCCUUCUUCACGUGAAAAUUGUACAGACUCUCUCUGGCUUGUUAAACUUUAUAAACAAAUAAAAAAUUUCAAACCCA